UUUCGAGUCCCAACGGCCUCUUGGCCGGGCCGACCCCAGCCUUCCCUCCCGAGGCCUCGCGCCUCGAGCCUCGGUUUCCUCCUCCGUCUCCUGUCUUGGGAUAAUCCCCACAGGAAAUAAUUUAAACCAAAAUGGUUUUCAAAAGAAGACUGACAAGAUCUAGUGGUAAAGAUAGCCUGACAGAAGAUGAGUCUAUCUCAGAAGACAGGAUGCAGCCACUUUCCAAAACAAUAAAGAAAUCUCAUGCUUCUAAUCAAGUUGAAGAAAAUGACACUGUUUUUGUAAGACUUCUCAAGACAUCUGGACUUACUCUUAAAACUGGACAGAAUCAGAAUCAACUGGCUGUGGACCAAAUAGUUUUCCAAAAGAAGCUCUUUCAGACCCUGAGGAAACAUCCUUCUUAUCCCAAAGUAAUCGAAGAAUUUGUCAAGGGCCUGGAGUCUUACAUUGAGGACAGUGAAAGUUUCAGGAACUGCCUUCUAUCCUGUGAACGUCUGCAGGAUGAGGAAGCCAGCAUGAGCACAUCUUACUCUAAGAGUCUCAUUAAACUACUUCUGGGGAUUGACAUAUUACAGCCUGCUAUUAUCAAAACUUUAUUUGAAAAGUUACCAGAAUUUCUUUUUGAAAAACCAAACAGCGAUGGAAUCAGCAUGCCUCGACUCAUUAUCAGUCAGCUGAAAUGGCUUGAGAGAAUUGUGGAUGGCCAGGACCUCACCACCAAAAUCAUGCAGCUGAUCAGCGUUGCUCCAGUCCCUCUGCAACAGGACUUUGUCACCAGCCUUCCUGAGAUCCUGGGGGAUGCGCAGCAUGCUGACGUAGCAAAUGAACUCAGUGACCUGCUGAUGGCGAACACGGCUCCACUUACUGUCCCAAUCCUGGAUGUCCUUUCCAGCCUCCGACUUGACACAAAUUUCCUGUCUAAGAUACGGCAAUUGGUGAUGGGUAAACUGUCAUCUCUCAGAUUGGAUGAUUUACCUGUGAUAAUGAAGUUUAUUCUUCAUUCUGCAACAGCCACCAAUGCAUUUGAGGUAAUUACUGAACUUCGGAAGAAGUUUGACCUGCACCACUUCAUGUUGCCUUCACAGUUUCUUGCCUCCCAAAACAAGUUGAAAAGUAAAGGAGGAGCAAGUUCUUCAGGAAGUCAAGAAAACACCAGUAAAGACUGUAUUGUUCUUCUCUUUGAUGUUAUAAAGUCAGCGGUUAGAUAUGACAAAACCAUUUCAGAAGCCUGGAUUAAGGCAAUUGAAAGCAUUACCUCUGUGGCUGAACACAAGAUUUUUGAUGUGGCGAUGCUUCUGGUCAUCUACAGCACCAGCACCCACACAAAGAAGUACAUAGAGAGGGUGCUCAGAAACAAGGUUCGAUUAGGCCACAUUGAAAAGCAUCUGCUAGAGAAUACAUUCUGUGUGCAUGACCUGGUUCUUAAGGAUAUUUGUCCAUCCAUUCUGUCAUUGGCUCAAAGUUUGUUUCACUCGCAAGACCCAAGUAUAAUUUCAUUUGGCAGUCUCCUGUAUACAUAUGCUUUUAGAUUUUUUGACACUUACUGCCAGCAGGAAGUGGUGGGUGCCCUGGUGACCCACGUCUGCAGUGGGAAUGAAGCUGAGGUCGACACUGCACUGGACGUCCUCCUCGAGCUGAUCGUCCUAAACCCGUCUGCUAUGAGGCUCAAUGCUGUUUUCGUGAAGGGCAUUUUGGAUUAUCUGGAGAAUAUCUCCCCUCGACAAAUAAGAAAACUCUUCUAUAUUCUCAGCACACUGGCAUUCAGCAAACAGCAUGGAACUAGCAGCCACAUCCAGGAUGACUUGUACCUGGUGGUCCGGAAACAGCUCUCUAGCACUAUAUUCAAGUACAAGCUCAUUGGGAUUAUUGGCGCAAUCACCAUGGCUGGAAUCAUGGAAGGAGACAGUAUUCCUAAUUCUACCCAAGGGAGAGCUGACCUGAGCAGUGACAAGUGCACACAGGUCACCUCCUUGCUGCAGUUAGUUCACUCCUGUACAGAGCAAUCUCCUCGGGCCUCAGCACUUUACUAUGAUGAAUUUGCCAACCUGAUCCAGGAAGGAAAGCUAGCUCCAAAAACCUUGGAAUGGGCAGGCCAGACCAUCUUUAAUGAUUUCCAGGAUGCCUUUGUGGUGGACCUCUGUGUUGUUCCAAAAGGUGACUUUCCAUUUCCUGUGAAAGCUCUCUACGGACUGGAAGAAUACAAUACUCGUGAUGGGAUUGCAAUUAAUCUCUUGCCAUUGCUGUCUUGGACGUUUGCAGAAGAUAAGGGUCAAAUUGCUUCACAGGAACCAGGGCAAAAAUUGGUGUCUGCACUGUGCCUGGCUCCCUAUUUCCGAUUACUGAGACUUUGUGUAGCAAGACAACAUAAUGGAAACCUGGAGGAGAUUGAUGGUCUUCUAGAUUGUCCUCUAUUUCUUACUGACUUGGAGCCUGUAGACAAGCUGGAGUCCAUGUCGGCUAAAGAGCGUUCAUUCAUGUGUUCACUUAUAUUUUUUACACUCAACUGGUUCCGAGAGGUUAUGAAUGCUUUCUGCCUACAAACACCACCUGAGAUUAAAGGGAAGCUACUCUCUCGGUUAAAAGACAUCGUAGGGCUGCAGGGAAUCUUGGAAAAGUACUUGGCAGUCACCCCAGACUUUGUCCCUCCUCUUGCACAUUUUGAUUUGGAAACUUUAAAUGGAAUACCUCAUAGCAGUUCUGCCUCAGCAAAAAACAGAAAAAAAACAAAGUUAGGAGGAAUUAAACGAAAAGCAGAUGGCAGCAAAGUAUUGUCCCCUGACAAACUUUCCAAGGAAGAUGACACAGAAUGUGACACUGAGCUGUCCGGUAGAAGCCACGUAGACAAGGAGUCCACAGAGAUGGAAGGAAAGACAUCUGUGUCAUUACAAAAUUACCAUGCUUUUUUCCGAGAGCUGGACAUUGAGGUCUUCUCUAUUCUACACUGCGGACUUGUGACAAAGGUCAUCCUAGAUACUGACAUGCACACUGAAGCAACAGAGGUUAUGCAACUUGGGCCUCCUGAGCUGCUUUUCUUGCUGGAAGAUCUCUCCCACAAGUUAGAGAAUAAACUGACCCCGUCUUUUGCCAAGAGAAUUCCCUUCCUCAAGAAUAAAGGAAGCUGGAAUGUUGGAUUCUCACAUCUCCAUCAGAAAUCUACCCAGGAAGUUGUUCAUUGUGUUGUUCAGCUUUUGGCCCCAAUGUGUAACCAUUUGGAGAACAUUCACAACUACUUCCAGUGCUCAGUUGCUGAUAGGCUGGGAGGGAAAACUCCAGAAUCCCACAUCAUGUCUUCCUGUUAUCAGAAGCUACUGCAGAUUUUUCACAGCCUUUUUGCUUGGAGUGGAUUUUUUCACAUUGGAAAUCGCAGUUUGCUAUACUCAGGCCUUGAGGUCCUUGCUAGCCGGCUGAAGCAGAUAGAACGGGAUCAGCCAUUGGAGGAUCUGAUCAGCCAGAGCUUCAACUACUUGCAAAAUUUCCAUCACAGCAUUCCCAAUUUCAAGUGUGGUCUUUAUCUCCUCAGACUUCUGAUGGUCCUCUUGGAGAAAUCUACAGCUCCUGCUCAGAAGAAAUUAAAAAUUGCUUCCAUGGCCAAACAAUUUCUGUGUCAGGUUUGGCCGCAUGGGGAGGGAGAGAAGAAUGCUGGCUUCAAUGACCAACUCCAUGACAUGCUUUGCAUCUACCUAGAGCACACAGACAGUGUUCUGAAAGCCAUAGAAGAGAUUGCUGGUAUUGGAGUCCCAGAACUGAUCAACUCCCCAAAAGGUGCAUCUUCUUCCACGUUCCCUACACUGAACCGAGACACCUUUGUCAUCUUCUUCCGAGUGAUGAUGGCUGAGCUGGAGAAGACAGCGAAAGGUCUUCAGGCUGGCACAGCAGCAGACUCUCAGCAGUGGAAGGUGAAAGCUGGGUUGUGUUUUCCCUGGCUCCUGCCCAGUUCGCCACUUGCCACCUGGCAUGAGAUUCAUGAAGAGAAGCUCCUCUACUGGAACAUGGCGGUUCGAGACUUCACUAUCCUCAUCAACCUGAUAAAAGUAUUUGAUAGUCGUCCUGUUUUACAUGUAUGUUUGAAGUAUGGACGGCUCUUUGUGGAAGCAUUUCUGAAGCAAUGUAUGCCUCUUCUAGACUUCAGUUUUAGAAAACACCGGGAUGAUGUUCUGAGCUUACUAGAAACCUUCCAGUUGAACACAAGGCUGCUUCAUCACCUUUGUGGACAUUCCAAGAUUCACCAGGACACAAGACUCACCAAACAUGUGCCUUUGCUCAAAAAAACACUGGAGCUGUUAGUUUGCAGAGUCAAAGCCAUGCUUGUCCUUAAUAAUUGUAGAGAGGCUUUUUGGCUGGGAAAUCUCAAAAAUCGGGACUUGCAGGGUGAAGAGAUUUUGUCCCAGAAUUCCCAGAGGAUCUUCACAGUGGAAUGUGAAGAUGGCAGGACAAUCCGUAUCUCCCAGAGCAUGGAGGAUGAUGAUGUUGACGUGAGUGAUGAAGAGCCCCAGGGCGGUGAUGAGAGUGGAGACACGUCUGACUAGCUAGGCUCAGGGAGGCUGCUCCUCCCCAUCUCGGCUCUGUGCAAUCUGCUUUCUUUCGAUUUGGAAGCGUCUUGUUUGUCCUUCACGAGGAUGUUUUAUGUCACUAACUUAAGCGUUUCGUGGUUUGUCUAACCCCAUCCGAGUUCUUGCCCAGUACUGCAGCGCAAGGUCACUGUUGGUUUGGAUAAACAAUGGCAGUACUGUUUGCAGAUUAAAACCCUCUGGAGUUAGGGCUUUGGGCUUUGGGUGUUGGUGUUCAAACUGAUUUAUCCUAGAAUUUAGGUGUAUACCUGCUUUACAAAUAAAUGUUUUUCUAACUUUUA